UUUCUUUCUUGUUGUGCGUCUCUGCUCUGCCGAUCCCUAAACCCUGUUACGCAGAGAGGAGGAGCGAAGGCGGAAAAAUGAAGACCAUCUUGUCUUCGGAGACGAUGGACAUCCCUGAUGGGGUGAAGGUCAAGGUGAAGGCGAAGAUGAUCGAGGUGGAGGGCCCCCGAGGAAAGCUCUGCAGGAACUUCAAGCACCUUAACUUGGAUUUCCAGCUCAUCAAGGAUGAGUCGGGGAAGAGGAAGCUUAAGAUCGACGCCUGGUUCGGCUCGAGGAAGACCACCGCGGCCAUUCGGACGGCCAUCAGCCACGUCGAGAAUCUCAUCAAGGGCGUCACCAAGGGAUACCGAUACAAGAUGAGAUUCGUCUAUGCUCACUUCCCCAUCAAUGCCAGCAUCACCAAUGGCAGCAAGAGCAUCGAGAUCCGUAACUUCCUUGGUGAGAAGAAGGUUCGUAAGGUGGAUAUGCUUGAAGGUGUAAGCAUUGUUAGGUCUGAGAAGGUGAAGGAUGAGCUCGUAUUGGAUGGGAAUGAUAUUGAACUAGUCUCACGGUCAGCUGCCUUGAUCAACCAGAAAUGCCAUGUAAAGAACAAGGAUAUAAGGAAGUUCCUUGAUGGUAUCUAUGUAAGCGAGAAGGGAGCAAUUGCUGAAGAUGAGUGAUUGAUUAGCUAUAGCUCUUAGUUUCAGUUGAUUUUUUUAAUGGAGAGGCUGGUUAGUUGUUUUUUCUUUUGGUUGCUCCAUAGUCUGUUCCUUCAGUUUAUUGAGACACCAUCUUCAAAUUGUUUGGAGUUUAAAAUUUUGUGGAAUCAGACUUUAAAAUUAUAUCAUGUUCUAGUUGUUUCUUUUAAGUCGUACUCAUUGGCAUAUAUAGCUACUUUUACUUCUCUCAGGUUCAGCCUCUAAAUGCAAUUUGUCAUUGGGUUCA